GAGCAGCAGCUAUUGCCAUCGCAACCACCAGGCAACAAGAUACUCUCCACACGACUAGGAUCCCCAGCAUAGCCACAAUCCCUUUACCCAUUGCAACACGUACGCAAACGCCGCCAAGAGACGUUCAAAGAACAGAUAUCGAACGAGCAGCCAAGCUCGCCUGAUUGCAUCCUCCAAGAGCUCUAUCCAGCUUGCGCCGUCAACACCAACAAAGCUAUCUGGAGAACACCUUCGGACCUCCAACAUAUCUCAUCGCCCCGCGUAUUGCCGCAUACUAUAGCGCCGUAGAGGAGGUCGCAUCGCAAAGAUGACGCUUGCAGAGGAGUUCAGGUCGAGGAAUUUCAGUAUCUACGGUCAAUGGACCGGAGUGCUGUGCAUAUUCCUCUGCUUCGCACUUGGAGUCGCCAACAUCUUCCACGCCAACUUUGUCAUCGCAUUCAGCAUCGUAUGCCUAGUAUGUUCGUUCGUCAUCAUAUUCAUCGAGAUCCCGCUGCUCCUCCGUAUCUGCCCAACCUCGCCCAAAUUCGACACGUUCAUCCGUAAAUUCAGCUCAAAUUACAUGCGUGCCGCAAUCUACCUCGGCAUGAGUGUGAUACAGUGGGUUAGCAUCGUAGCCAUGGCGACAAGCUUGAUCGUCGCAGCUGUGUUCUUGUUGAUCGCUGCCAUCUUCUAUGCGCUUGCGGGCUUCAAGGGCCAAGAGUUCCAAGGCAGCAAGACGCUAGGUGGACAGGGCGUUGCGCAAAUGAUCAUAUAAAAGGGAGCAUUGAAGCACAGGCCUGGAAGCCAGUGAAGGACAAGAGGGAGCAGUGGACACGAGGACGGACGCCAGGAUGGACGCGAAGGAAGGAUAUACUGCUUCGCACGAGCAACGAGGCACAAUACCACAAACUGCGACGACGAUUGCGGUCAUUGGAGAUGUUUUGACAUUGCGGCUU